UCUAAUAAGGUAACAGUGAGUGUCAUUGGCAGCUGUGAGUCUCUCUCUCUCUUUAGGGGGCUGACAGGAGCCAGUUUCUUCAGUGUGUUUGAGGGAGCAGAGGAGAAACUUGUGCUGACAGUCAAACAGACGUGUGACGAGCAGAAAAUGAUGGAGCGAUGUCUGACACUCGUUUUACUCUUCACUAUAAUCACUCUAGCCACAGCUGAUUUGGAGACUGUUAGGUUGGUUGGUGGUAACAGUCCCUGUGCUGGUCGAGUGGAGGUUCAUCAUGAUGGUCAGUGGGGAACAGUGUGUGAUGAUGACUGGGAUUUGGCUGAUGCUGAAGUGGUGUGUAGAGAGCUGGGAUGUGGAAAAGCUGUAGAGGCUCUGAGUAAUGCUCCUUUUGGACCAGGAUCAGGACCAAUCUGGAUGGAUGAUGUGGCCUGUAGUGGAUCAGAAUCAACACUGAAGGACUGUAGAUCAAGAGGAUGGGGUGUUAGUGGUGGCUGUAGUCAUUAUGAAGAUGCUGGAGUCAGAUGCUCAGGUUACACUGAUCUCAGACUGGUAAACGGUCCUGGCAUCUGUUCUGGAAGAGUGGAGCUUCAGUUCCUCAAUGAGUGGGGCACAGUGUGCGAUGCAUGCUGGGAUAUGAGAGAUGCCAGCGUUCUCUGUAGACAGCUGAAUUGUGGGAUUGCUGUGUCUGUUGUGGGAUCAGACUGGUUUGGAGAGGGAAGUGGUGAAAUCUGGGCUGAUGUGUUUGAUUGUGACGGGAAUGAAACAAAACUCUCAGAAUGUUCCAUCUCUUCAUGGAGUCGAGCUGAAUGUUCUCAUAGUCGAGAUGUUGGAGUCAUCUGCUCUAGUGAGUCUAUAUUACUGUAGCAUUUACUGAUAUUAUGCUACUGGAAGACUUAAUCUUAUACGAAAUGCUGUAUAUCUUUCCUAUAAAUUUCAGAUUGAAAAUUCAUGCUUGUAUCAUUUAAGUUUUGAAUUUACUUAUAUAAAUGUGAUAUUGAUAUAAAACAAAUUUAUUAUAUAAGUGUUCCUCUGUGGUCUUUAACACAUUUGCAGUAUUUUAGUGAAAUGUCAGAUCUUUCACUCAGAUUCCUCUCUGGCUCUUCAUGAUGGUCUGGUGCGGUUGUCUGGAGAGAGACAGUGUGAGGGGGAGGUGGAAGUUUUCAUCCAUCAGGUCUGGAGGAGAGUUCUGCUGGACUCCUGGAGUCUCUCUGAAUCCUCUGUGGUCUGCAGACAGCUGGGCUGUGGCUCUGUGCUGAACUUCUACAGCUCCUCUUCAUCCAGUCCGGAACACAGUCAUGAGUGUGUGACGGGCUUCCAGUGCUCUGGGAGUGAAGCUCAUCUGGGGAACUGCAGAUCUCCACGAACUCUCAGCUGCAGCUCCACACAACAGCUGUCAAUCACCUGCCUUGGUCGGGGGUCCAUCAGGCUGGUGGGUUCUGGGGGAGACUGUGCAGGGAG